AGAGCCAGCUUCCCGGCCUACUCGUCGACGGGCUCUCAGCCUCACCCUCACUACGACGACAUCGACGACACGAGCUACGAGCAGUCUGAUUACGAUCGCCACGACCACACGAGCUCGCCCUACAGCACUUCGACCAGCUCGGAGAGCGACAUCAGUCCCAACGACUCGGCUUCCAUACCGGCUGCCAGACCUUCCAGUCACGCUCGAUACCAAUCGNNCAUCCUCACCCUCAACCGCCAUAUCCCCCGUCGCACAGCCAGUCCCGUGAAGAGAGACCUCUACGCAAGUCGCGACACCGCCGUCCGCCAGCUGAACACUACUCCCGCCCCGAACCAAGCCGACACGCCGCAUACCCCGAANCACGUUUCGACUCCGAGCGACCCCUCGGAGCUGUCGGCCAGCGUGGCAUAUCCCCACGACCGCCCGGCCUACUCGGCCCGUGCUAGUUAUCACGAAGCACAAGGACAGUAUGAGGACCUGUAUCCCGACCACCAUUGGCCCCGACAGCCCACGCAUUACCCAACACCACCGACCAUGACGUCGAGCACCUCCUCAACCUCGCACUACGCAAACCCUGCCGCCCUUGCUCACUACGACCAUUACGCCUAUGCUGGCCAACCUAAUCCAUACGCAAGUCAAGCUAGUCCUGGCAAUCCUUUCAUGGCCACGCCUCCUCCUCAAGCCCCUUCUCCACAGCCAGGCUACACUUACGACCCCUAUACCGGCGCAUAUCACGCGCAGAGACCUGACAUGUUGACGAGAAGCUCCAUGGCCUAUAUGCCUGCCGAUAUGCAGUAUGCUGGUUACCCGACAAGACCCUACUCUGUCCCUCAGAACAUGAUGCAAGCCAUGAUGCCUCCUGGAUAUCCUCAUUUCUACCAACCCCAUUCCCCCCCUGCCCCUCCUGCUCCGCCUCCGCCAACCGCCGAGGAGAUUAGAAAGCAGAUGGAAGAGGAAGCCGCGCUUCAAGCUGAGAAUCUCGUCAAAGCUCUCAAAGCUCUCCAGGCCGAGGAGAAGGCUACAGCAGCUGCCGCCGCCGAAAAGGAUGCCAAAGUGCAAGCCGAGUCUGACAAGAUCGCCCUGUUACUAGCGGACUUCGAGAAACAGCGUCUUGCGAGAGAAGAGGCUGCUGCUGCCAAAGCUGCUGCCGAAAAGGCCGAGGCUGAAGCUAAAGCAGCUCGCGAGAAAGAGCUUGCUGAUGCUGCUACAGCUGCUCGCGAAAAUGCCAUCAAGGAAGCAGCCGCUGCAGCUGCUGUUGCCAAGGCCGAGAAUGAAAAGNAAGCCAAAGCAGAGCAUGAGAAAAAGAUGGCAGAGGCGAAAGCUGCCGCCGACGCUGCCGAAGCAGCAAAGAAGGCAGCAGAGGAAGAGUUGAAGAAGAAUGCUCCCGGACCGGAUGCAGACAAAGCGCCUCUAAAAUUCACCGACGCCGUCGAAAGGAGCUUUACCUUGCCGUGGCAUCUGGUCAAGACCUGGAAGGGCAUGGAGACUCUGAUCAGACAAGCUUUCGUCAACAUCGAGCGUGUCGGGCCGCACGUCGCUAACGGCCAUUACCACUUGUUAGGUCCUAAUGGCGAGAUCAUCCUACCACAAGUCUGGGACAUUGUCGUACAACCUGGGUGGGACAUUAAGAUGCAGCUCUGGCCACUACCACCGGAUCCCAUGGAUGACAAAGUCAUCAGCGGCAUCGGCGGAUUCCCACUCGAUAUCCAACCAGUCCCGGAGCGACAUUCAAGGCCUGGAAAGACACCACGCAAUCAGGUCAGUGGCAAUAAGAACGCGGGCAAGCGUGCGUCCGUAGGACCUGCGCCGCUACCGCCACCACCUCCCUUUGCACCAGUUCAACACGCUUUCCCUCCUUCACCUCCCAUACACACUGUCUAUGCCGGUCACGAUGACCUCGAUGAUCCUAUCAUCGAGGUUAUUGAAGACUCUGGCAGGAGACGAGGUGAGGGUGGCAACAAGCCGAAGAACAGUGCUAAUGCAGGCAAGAAGAAACAGGUACCGGCAUUCACCAGAUGGAUGCUCGGAGGUGGCACACGGCCGCGCCCAAAAGGGGCUGAAAAACCUGCUGCUGGUGUCAAAGUCCGUCAUGUUGUUGUC